AUGGCCCCACUGUUCCUGCCCCUCCUGGCAACCCUGGUUCUGGCCUGGAUCCCUGCGGCCUUGGCUGAUGCUCUAGAAGGAGACAGCUCAGAGGACAGGGCCUUCCGCGUGCGCAUCGCGGGCGACGCGCCGCUGCAGGGCGUGCUGGGCGGCGCCCUCACCAUCCCAUGCCACGUUCACUACCUGCGGCCGUCGCCGAGCCGCCGGGCCGCGCAGGGCUCCCCGCGGGUUAAGUGGACCUUCCUGUCCGGCGGCCGGGAGGCCGAGGUGCUAGUGGCGCGGGGCCUACGCGUCAAGGUGAGCGAGGCCUACCGGUUCCGCGUGGCACUGCCUGCCUACCCGGCGUCACUCACCGACGUCUCCCUGGUGCUGAGCGAGCUGAGGCCCAACGACUCAGGCAUUUACCGCUGCGAGGUCCAGCACGGCAUCGACGACAGCAGCGACGCUGUGGAGGUCAAGGUCAAAGGGGUCGUCUUUCUCUACCGGGAGGGCUCUGCCCGCUACGCUUUCUCCUUCGCUGGGGCCCAGGAGGCCUGUGCCCGCAUCGGAGCCCGAAUCGCCACUCCGGAGCAGCUCUAUGCCGCCUACCUCGGGGGCUAUGAACAGUGUGACGCUGGCUGGCUGUCCGACCAGACCGUGAGGUAUCCCAUCCAGACACCACGAGAGGCCUGUUAUGGAGACAUGGAUGGCUUCCCUGGGGUCCGGAACUACGGAGUGGUCGACCCAGAUGACCUCUAUGAUGUUUACUGUUAUGCUGAAGAACUAAAUGGAGAGCUGUUCCUGGGUGCCCCUCCAGACAAGCUGACCCUGGAGGAGGCGCGGACAUACUGCCAGGAGCGGGGUGCUAAGAUUGCAACCACCGGCCAGCUAUAUGCAGCCUGGGAUGGUGGCCUGGACCGCUGCAGCCCUGGCUGGCUGGCUGAUGGCAGUGUGCGCUACCCCAUCGUCACCCCCAGCCAGCGCUGUGGUGGGGGCCUCCCUGGUGUCAAGACUCUCUUCCUCUUCCCCAACCAGACCGGCUUCCCCAACAAGCACAGCCGCUUCAACGUCUACUGCUUCCGAGACCCUGCCCAGCCUUCUGCCAUCCCUGAGGCCACCAACCCAGCCUCUGACCUGGCCUCUGAUGCACUGGAAGCCAUUGUCACAGUGACUGAGACCCUGGAGGAACUGAAGCUGCCCCAGGAAGCUGUGGAAAGCGAGUCCCGAGGAGCCAUCUACUCCAUGCCCGUCAUAGAGGAUGGAGGUGGUGGAAGCUUCACUCCAGAAGACCCAGCCGAGGCCCCUAGAACCCUCCUGGAAUUCGAAACCCAAUCCAUUGUGCCUCCGCUGGGGUCCUCAGAAGAGGAAGGCAAGGUGUUGGAGCAAGAAGAGAAAUACAGGGGUGAAGAAGAGAAAGAAGAGGAAGAGGAAGAGGACGAGGUGGAGGAUGAGGCCCUGUGGGCCUGGCCCAGUGAGCUCAGCAGCCUGGACCCAGAAGCCCCUCUCCCCACUGAGCCGGCUCCAGAGGAGUCACUCACCCAGGCAUCCCCUCCAGUGCGGGCUGGCCUGCAGCCUGGUGCAUCACCACCCCCGUAUGAUGAGCCAGAGGCUCCCAGGCCUCCAAGGGUCCUUGGACCACCCACCAAGACCCUGCCCACUCCUAGGGAGGGGAACCUGGCAUCCCCCCCACCUUCCACUCCGGUCGGGGCAAGAGAGAUAGAGGAGGAGACAGGGGGUCCUGAGCUCUCUGGGGCCCCUCGAGGAGAGAGUGAGGAGACAGGAAGCUCCGAGGAUGCCCCUUCCCUGCUUCCAGCCACACAGGCCCCUGGGGAUACCAGGGACCUGGAGACCCCCUCUGAAGAGAAUUCCAGAAGAACUGUCCCAGCAGGGACUUCAGUGCAUGCCCAGCCGGUGCUGCCCACUGACAGUGCCAGCCGUGGUGGAGUGGCCGUGGCCCCCUCAUCAGGUGACUGUGUCCCCAGCCCCUGCCACAAUGGCGGGACAUGCUUGGAGGAGGAGGAGGGGGUCCGCUGCCUGUGUUUGCCUGGCUAUGGGGGGGACCUGUGCGAUGUUGGCCUCCACUUCUGCAGCCCCGGUUGGGACGCCUUCCAGGGCGCCUGCUACAAGCACUUUUCUACCCGAAGGAGCUGGGAGGAGGCAGAGAACAAGUGCCGGAUGUACGGCGCGCACCUCGCCAGCAUCAGCACGCCGGAGGAACAGGACUUCAUCAACAAUCGAUACCGGGAGUACCAGUGGAUCGGGCUCAAUGACAGGACCAUCGAAGGGGAUUUCCUGUGGUCAGAUGGCGUGCCCCUGCUCUAUGAGAACUGGAACCCUGGGCAGCCAGACAGCUACUUCCUGUCCGGAGAGAACUGCGUGGUUAUGGUGUGGCACGAUCAGGGACAAUGGAGUGAUGUUCCGUGCAACUACCACCUGUCCUACACCUGCAAGAUGGGGCUGGUGUCCUGCGGGCCCCCACCAGAGCUGCCCCUGGCUGAAGUAUUUGGCCGCCCACGGCUGCGCUAUGAAGUCGACACCGUGCUUCGAUACCGCUGCCGGGAGGGGCUGACCCAGCGCAACCUACCACUGAUCCGCUGCCAGGAGGAUGGUCGCUGGGCACCCCCCCAGAUCUCCUGUGUGCCCCGCAGGCCUGCUCGAGCUCUGCGCCCAAUAGAGACCCCAGGAGGACGUCAGAGGAGGCUCGUGGGGCACUGGAAGGCACGGCUGAACCCCUCUCCCAAUCCUGCUCCAGGUCCCUAA